CACCGAAUCCAGUCUGCCAACUUCCGUCGCUUCCUCUCUCCCACCACCGUCACCUGCCCAUCGCCUUGCACGGCCGACCAUCGCCUGCAUUUCCAUCUCGCCCGCCGCAGCAAUUGCCUCCAACUUGGGACGGUGCAUGGCAACGCACUGUUCACGUGGGAACCCGGAGGAAUGCACGCGACCCUUUCACGAGCCAAACCGAGCCGCACAUAACAACACCCGCCCAUCGCAUCCCGCCGCGCAACCUCGAAGCCCCCGCCCCGCGCAUCGCGCGCACAGCAGAGCACCAUGGCGUUCAACUUCAACUGGUCGCCGCUCAUCGCCGACACCUCGAGAGCCCGGGACAUGCUGACGACGGCGCUGAACAAAGGCCCCAAGCCGCCCAUCAUCGUCGACGACAUCACCGUCACCGAGCUCAACCUGGGCUCCACCCCGCCCGAGCUGGAGAUCCUCGAGAUUGGAGACCUGGCCGAGGACCGCUUUCGCGGCAUCUUCAAGAUGACGUACGCCGGCGACGCCUUCCUGACGCUCAAGACAAAGGUCCAGGCCAACCCGCUCAACACGUACCUGUCCACCAAGCCCGACUUCGCAUCCCCAGAGCCGCUCGCGGCAUCCGCCGGCCUGACGAUACCACUGCAAAUUACGCUGUCGGACAUCAGACUGUCUGGGUUCGUCAUACUCGUCUUCUCGAAACAGAAAGGCGUCACGCUGGUCUUCCGGAACGAUCCUCUCGAGUCGCUGAAGGUCUCUUCGACAUUCGACUCGAUACCCUUUAUCAAGAACUACCUGCAGAAGGAGAUCGAAGGCCAGCUGCGUGUGCUCUUCAUGGAAGAUCUGCCGGCCAUCAUCCAUCGGUUAUCGCUGCGGUUAUGGUCACCCGAAUUCCAAGAGCUUGACGCUGAGACGGAAGAACGACUGGACAGCUCCAAGAGCACCAUUGCCCCUAUCGAUCCAUUAUCAGGGCCGCCGCAAGACGCCGUCGAUGAGUUUGGCAAUCCCAUCGACGCGUCGCAGAUGGCCACGCUUGCGCUCGACUCCUCGUCCGAAAUACACGCAUCAUUUUCCCAGAAGAACAUGCUGCGACUCGCGUCACUAUCACAAUCCCAGCACACCCUAUCGCUCUUCACCCCAGGCAUCCGCGAAGCCGUCUUCCGCGCCUGGGCCAGCAAUCCCGACCGUCCAGAAUCCGGCUCCGCAACGCCCGCGCUUACCCAGUCGAGUCUCUCCAGAAUACAGUCUACCUUCGCCAGCGUCAAGUCGAAUGCUUCGUCAGUCGCCUCCGGUAGCACUGGGCAAGACACCAACGCAUCGCGCCCCACCCUCUCCUCCGCCUACUCCUCCGCUGCCGGUCUCAGCCUCGGCGCAAACCGCUCGCGCGGCCACCAAAUGCGCAAACGCAAGAAGCGCGUCGUCGACCUCCGCAAGAACCGCGACGCCGCAGACUCGUCGGGUCUCUCCACCGAACCCACCACCCCGCUCACGAGCACCACUGCCUCCGAAACCGCGAGCGUCAUCCCCGAAGAGCCGCACCGCGUUGACAACAACGAGCCCGCGCUGUCCACCCCGCCGCGCACACCGAUCAAUCCCCUCCAUAGCAGCGCCCUCGAGCCCGGCUCACCAACCCCACGCUUCCGCGAGACCGAGAAACCCGCCCCGAGCGACGCCCUCCUCCCGCCCGCCCCGCUCCUGUCCGACCCCCCGAAGCCAAAAGCCAAGCUCGCCAACGCCACGGUCCACGACUUCGUGCAGACGGAACAAUCGCAACGACCCAAGCCAGCGGGCCGCUCCUCCUCCUCGCGCCCUCCGCUAUCGCAUACCCGCCUCCGCUCCACACAGCAAGCCUCUUCCCCGCUCCUGCGCUCCCUUUCCUUCGACAAGAUGCCGUCUUAUCAAAGCCAGAAGAAUUCUGGUGCGCUAUCACCGCCGUACGCGGAGAGCACUACCAGCUCCGCCGGCGGGAUCCUCGAGCAGGCAUGGAUGCUCAAGAUGGCGAACGAGAUUGCACGGAAGGUGAGGGAAGAAAAAGGAAGGUGUGGUGGGAGCAGGAGUCCAAGUCCACCUGAGCGUCAACGCGGGUCUUUAAAAAGACCUCAGGGCCUGUGGGACGGCGCCGAGGAGUGCAUGGAUGCGCCGCCAGCCUAUGUCGCAUAGCGCUCAAGAAAGAGAAGGAGAAGAGAGGGAGUAGAGGACGAUUUUACGAUACCAUGUGCUACGACGGCGUUUCUGGGGUUUGCUUUUUUUCCUUUGUCGCUCGUUCGCGCUUCUGCUUUCUGCUUUGUCGUUAACUUUCGCUUGGGCCUCUGUUUUGUUUUUGGGUGUAACAAAAGUUCUUGAUACGCGUUGGAGCGUGCGUGCGUGCAGCAUUCAGCUCGGCAGCAUGGGUGUAAUCGUAGUAUCGUAAGAAGCAGUGUACAGGGCGGACGUGUAUCAUAAAGUCGAUCGAGGGGUGUACAUUUUUGGCGGUCCGGCUGGAAGGGUGGAAAGAAACGGAAUCAAGGCAGUUGGAUCUUGCAGCGGAUGUUGCACUGCACUGCACAGGCGUAUACCCAUUCCCUGCUCUACGGAUAGUGUCUGAGGAGAUAGGUUAGGAUAGAUAAUCAUCGCUUC